AUGCCUGCUCGGCGACCGGCUCGUCCCUGGACGAGUCUCGCCCUCGUCGCUAGCGCCGCGACGGCAUACAUGGUCCUCACAAACGGCAUACCGGCUAUGCCCUCCCGAGAUGGAGACGACGGCUCGAACCUCGCCUUCACGGGUACCAUCAUGGCCGAGAACUCGGAGCUGCUCCUGAAGAACAUCCUCCAGGACGACUACCCUGAGAAGUCCAUCCACUCCUACUUCUCCCCCGCGCGCCUCGCCUCUGCUUCGCGGAAUGAGGACAAGGAGAACUUUGACAAGAUGAAGGCUGCCUUUGACGCCUGCCUCGACGAGGGCAAGGCCCGAGACCUUGGCGAUGAACCCCUGAACCGUAUUCUCGAUGAAAUCAAGAAGAGUGUGCCUUCCUGGAGGCGGUCAGGAUACGUCAAGGAUACCGUUCUGCUUCUGGCCAAGCAGGGCAUCGCCGCCCUCAUCGACUCGGGCACUGGUGCUGAUGAUCGGGACCCCGACAGCGUCGUGGUUACCGUCUCGCCUCCCUGGUCGUUUGGUCUUCCCUCCAAGGAACGGUACGAGGACGACACCCUUUUGGAGAAGUAUCGAAACAUGACUGUCAAUGUCCUCGGCGCCUUCUACCCUGAUGCCGACAAGGAUGUGUUUUCCAAGGUCGUUGACUUUGAGAAGAAGCUUGCCGCUGUAUCCCCGUCCACCGAGGACCGCUUGAAUGUCACGAAAUACUACAACCCCAUGGUAAUUGAUGAGGCUGCUGCCCUUGUCCCCGAACUCGAGAUCCAGGCUUUGAUUUCGGAGCUUGCCCCCAAGGAUGUCGUCGUCGAGCGUGUCAUUGUUGCGUCUCCAGAAUAUUUGGACGCCCUAUCCGGCAUUCUUAAGGAUACUGAAAAGGAUGUCCUAGAGGCUUAUUUCAGCUGGAAGGCCAUCCAGUCGCUCUCGUCGUACGUCGAGUCAGAUUCGGUCAAGCCCUACAAGCGAUUCCGAAAUGAAUUGACCGGAAAGGAACCUGACUCCGCUCCCGAUAGGUGGAGGACCUGCGUGCGCCAUGUUGAUGGAGGUCUCGGUUGGAUUCUGAGCCGCUUCUUCAUCGAAAGGGCCUUUUCCGCACAGGCCAAGGAGUUUGGCGACACCAUCAUCAAGGACAUCAAGACCGAGUUCGUCAAGAAGCUCAACACCAUUGAGUGGAUGGACGAUGAGACCACCAAGAAGGCCAUUGACAAGGUCCACAACAUUAUCCAGAAAAUUGGUUACCCUACCGACAGCCCGGACAUACUGAAUCCCUCCAAGCUCCGCGGCUACUACAAGUCGGUUGAUGUCUCCUCCUCCGCCUUCUUCGAUAACACCAUUUCCAUGCGCAAGUUCGAAGUUGGCUUGAGCUGGUCGGCCCUCGGCAAGCCCGUCGACCGAGAUGAGUGGGGCAUGACGGCGUCAACCUUCCCUGUGUUCAACGUCGACACCCCCGCCUACUUGUCCUACGGAGCGUUCGGCGCCGUCGCCGGCCAUGAGCUCAGCCACGCCUUUGACUCCACGGGUAGGCACUACGACCAGAACGGCAACUACAGCGACUGGUGGUCCGAGGGUACCGUCAAGGCCUUCAACGAGCGUGCCCAGUGCUUCGUGGACCAGUACGCCGACUACACCAUCCCCGGCCUCGACGGCAAGCCCCUCCACGUCAACGGCUGGCUCACCCUGGGUGAGAACAUUGCCGACGCUGGCGGACUCUCGGCCGCGUUCCAGGCCUGGAAGAGCCGUACCGAGGACCGCGAGGACCAGGAUCUCCCGGGCCUGUCUUUCUUCUCCCACGACCAGCUUUUCUUUGUCAACUACGCCAACUGGUGGUGCGGAAAGACCCGCAAGGAUUCCGCCGUCGACAGCAUCUACACCGAUCCUCACUCGCCCAAAUGGGCCCGUGUGCUUGGCACGAUGGCCAAUAGCCGGGAAUUCAGGGAGAGCUUCCAGUGCAAGGAUAAGAAGCCAACGUGCGAGCUGUGGUAA